UCUCUCAUUGCAUAAAGUAUACAUACAGGUGUAUAAAAUUCCAGUUCGUCCAAAAUCCUUUGAAAGAAGGAAAGACUAAUUGGAUUUGUGAUUCGAGAUUUUACCGUUAUGUUCUUAGAGUAUUCCUAUUUAUCCAUUUAUGCUUACUCUUAUUAUGUCUUACCUCAGUGAUUUUCUAACACCUAAUGAGUUCUGUUCAAGAAAUAUGAUUUUAUGUAAACUUUAAAAACGCAGAAUGGCCUUUUUAUGUCCAGUACGUAUACGGCGAGGAAAGAAGAAGAAACCUGGUGUACAUAAUUUUAAUUUGGAAAAGGAUUGUGGUGGAGCAGGAGGUACAGGUCUUGGUUUAGGAACUAAAGUUCCACUACCCCCUGGUCGUAUAACAGGAAGUGCUAGCAUAGAGACUUUAGUUAGAGUUGGUAUUGAAAAGGAAAAUGGGUUAUCCCCUGACAGUAAAAUGGUUAUUGUUCAUGAUUUUACACCUUGUGUUGAUGAUGAACUUCAAGUAAAACGAGGCCAGGUUGUAAAUGUUUUGUAUAGAGAGAAUGACUGGGUGUAUGUAAUAGCAGCUGAUACACGUAUGGAAGGCUUUGUACCACAUUCAUAUUGUGCACCUUACACGUCUCAGCUUGCUGAAUUAACGCUUGCCACACUUAUGAACAAUGUGAAAAAGAAAUUACCAAGAUCUAAUGAGACUGAUUGUGAUUUUGCUGGUACAGGUCGUUCACAAACAGCAGAUGCGCAACAAACAGACACUGGGUCAGCAUCUGAUUGUGAGAGUUAUGCCCGUAAUGUCACUACUGCUGAUGUAAAUGUUAAUCGAUCUAAUAUCACACAAUCUCAAAAUUCUAUUCAAACUAUAUCGUCUCAGCCAGAUGUACAUCCCUUUUUUAAGGAUCCAUCAGCUGGAAGAUACAUUGUACUUUAUACUUUUGUAGCUAGAGAUGAGAAUGAUGUUAGUGUAGAGAGGGGUGAAUUUGUAACUGUGCUCAAUCGAGAUGAUCCUGAUUGGUUUUGGGUACUUAGACACUGUGAUGGAAACGAGGGAUUUGUGCCAUCAGGAUUUGUAUACCCAGGACAUGUUCUUCAUUCUUAUGCAACAACAGCUACCACUACUGCAGCUACAACAUCUACAGAAACACACAGUUUAGGAAAGGGAAGCAACAGUAUGCCAGGAAAUGAAUCACUGCAACAAAAGGGUUUACGAGAUUUUCGAGAUGAAACAAACGGCACGGAAUUAGUUGUACUUUACGAUUAUAAGGCGCAGGCGCCGGAUGAUUUAUCUGUGAGGAGAGCUGAUUGGAUAUACGCAGAUUUAGGAAAUCAAACGGUAGAUGGUUGGUUAUGGGCAUACGCGCCUAAAACUCGCAAAUAUGGAUUCAUUCCAAAAGCAUAUGCCCGACCUCCUGCUAUGACCAGCUUGUGAUGUAAAUUAUAAUUUUGCAUUUAAUGAAUAUAUUCAAAUAAUAAAAUACUUCUAUAUACUACUGCAUUUUAAGUGAUAUCCAAAAGUUAAUAUUC